AAUGACGUCUUAUUGUUGCGACGUGCUGUGAGCAAUCGCUUUUUUGAGGUUUUAACUGGUGUCUGAGUAAUUUCGUCUAAUAUAGAUUAAAUAAAACAAUCCAAGCAAUUCGUUACUGAAGCAUUCAACAAAAGCAGCCAUGAGCAAACGGAAAGCGCCGCAAGAAACUUUAAAUGAGGGAAUCACGGACUUUCUUAUUGAAUUGGCCAAUUAUGAAAAAAAUGUAAACAGGGCAAUCCAUAAGUACAAUGCAUACAGAAAAGCUGCUUCUGUGAUUGCUAAGUACCCACAUAAAAUCAAAAGUGGAACUGAAGCCAAAAAACUGGAUGGAGUUGGUGCAAAGAUUGCUGAGAAAAUUGAUGAGUAUUUAACCACAGGGAAACUCCGCAAACUGGAAAAGAUUCGCAAUGAUGACACCAGCUCCUCUAUCAAUUUUUUAACUAGAGUGACUGGAAUAGGCCCAGCUGCUGCUAGGAAGUUCUAUGAUGAAGGUGUCAAGACCCUAGAUGAUUUAAAGAAGAUUGAACACAAGCUAAACCAUCAUCAGCAGAUUGGCCUGAAGUAUUUUGAUGAAUUUGAGAAGAGAAUUCCUCGCUCAGAGAUGGAGAAUAUGGAGGCUUUAAUAUUGCUGGAGUUGGAGCAGCUUGACCCGGAGUACAUUGGCACCAUCUGUGGCAGCUACAGACGAGGAGCAGAGUCAAGUGGUGAUAUAGAUAUACUGCUGACUCACCCAGACUUUACUUCCCAAUCCCAUAAACAACCCAGGCUGCUCCAUGCAGUGGUAGAACACCUUGAGUCUACUGGCUUUAUCACUGAUACUUUGUCCAAAGGAGAUACAAAGUUCAUGGGUGUAUGCCAGCUACAAAGAGGAGUUGGUGAUGAGAAUAAGAAGGAUUAUGAUCAUCGCCGCAUCGAUAUCAGCCAUCAAAUGUUCGUCAAAUGGAGACCUGAUCUCAAAACCGACCCUAACACCAGCACUUCAAAGCUAGCGCCAUAGUCUCCAUAGUCUUGGAGCCAUCCCCAGCAGCAGUGAGUAUCACCAAUUGACGUGACUCCAACCAGAAAUUUAGGGCAUCAGGAUGGUUUAGGCAUGUCUGAGAUAGCUUCAGAGUGUGGAAAUGUGACAAUAUUUUCUGUAUUUAAUCCAAAUGUUAGAAUGAGAUUGUGAGUGGGUCCUAUUGCAUUCUGAUUUACCCAUACUGAAUUUAGGAUGGAUAUAACUGUUGUUCUCAAAGGACCUUCUGAAUUAUCUUCAGAACAUUAAUGAAUAUUAAAGUUUCCAACAAUUAAUGGUUUAAGUGAAACAACCAAGUUUGAAAUGAAAUCUGCACAUUCACAAAGGUAUUCAAAGCAUGGCCCCAUUAACAGUUAGUGAAAUCGUCUCAGUAGUCUUAUUUUUUUUUGUGGCUACAUAUGUUAAGCUAGUGUAAGGAACAUCAAAAGUGUUGAAUUUUUGUAUAGGGUUUUGUGAUACCUAGAUUACCUUCAUACUUAACUGUGAUAUGUCCUCCCCUGCCUGUUAGGUGAGCCUGAUGUACGUGUCUAUAGUACAUUAAACUAAUAGUUUCAGUAACAAAGUGCUUUAGAUACAAGAGAUCUAAUGUUUACUAAUAGAAAUUUUGAGUUUUUCUAUAUUUUUCUUUAGGUAAGGGAACAGACACAGUCUUGAUAUUGUGAACUCUUGCUGACAACUCAUUGCAGUUAGCAGAUGAUUGUUUUAGCCUGCUUGUCUGCUCAUUGGCCUUGGCAAAAUUAACUUAGCCUGCUCUGAGACUGCUAUGCUGCAAGAAAUGAGAACAGGACCUUCCUGAGUGUGUUGGACACCGUCCCACCUUAACAGGCCAGUCUUGCUGUCAAAACUGCUCAAAUUAUCUAUAAAGCCCUCAUGGAUUUUGGAGCACCACCUAGACAUCCAGCAGAUCAGCCAAUUAGCAUUAGGAUAGGGUCAGAGUAGAUUACUGCAUCGGGCAUAGCCUCUGCUAAUUUACACACCUCUAGACUAUUAUUAUUCAUAGUAAGCCCUGACGUACGAUGGGGUAUAACAUGAGCUCCUAAAUAACAAAAACUCCCAAGAAUAUAUGAUUGCCUAAGACCCUAGGAUUUCUUGCUAUGCCCAGUGCUAUGACUCCUGGUAUACACCUAACCAGUGCUGCUGGACUAGCUUAAUUCUUGAAGGUCUUGCUAAUUUCACAUGCUUUAAUAUAGAGUCUCAUAUAACCAGAGUUAUUUCAGGUUUUCAGUGGGUGCUUCAUUAAGGAGAGCAAACCUAUUAGACAUGAGAAGCGGAGAGGAGUGGUUCUCCCGUGGGCAAGCCUAGGCAUUAGCUUUGGCUUUGUGACCUCUGUGAGGGCUCUAAUGCAGCUAACGUAUUGAAUGUUUGCCAUAGUUGGUUAUGUACCCUGGGCUGAAUAUGGGGUAAAUUUUAAGAAUACAGUAAUCCCUUAUUUAUUGCGGCGGUUACGUUCCAAAACCACCCACGAAAAACGAAAAUCCGCGAUACACAGACGCCACCACCAAAUGCUUUUUUUUUUUUUUUUUCCCUCUCUUUAAACACACACAGAAAACAUUUGCAAGCAUAUAGCGAGAUGAAUUUUGGUUAAAUUCAUAGAAAUAUCACAUUUAUAGUGAGUACUGUAUGUAUGUUCCUUGCCAGAAGCCUUACAAAAUGCAGAGCGUUUGGGCGACAUAAUAGGGCUUACAGAAAAACCGUAAAAAUACAGCGUACACAGAACAAAAUGAAACACUCGGGACAGUGACACGCGAAGAACUGGGAUGCUGGAGAAUUCUGCUUCCCUUUCCCAACUGCACGCAUAGCCAGCAGCCAAUCACAACCGUGAUUAAAUGAUUGGGGCGUUCCAAUUGGCCACACUCGUUCCUCCAGCUGUACUGUAUUUUGAUUUUCAGCAUCCCUGCACCGUGCUUUUCUAAACAGCGCUACGCUGUACAGUAUUUGUUAUUAGAAUUUUACUUUUAUUUUAAUUGUUUAUUUUUAGUAGUUAAUAAUUAUAUUUUUAUUAAUAAAUUACCUUAUUUCAACAUAAAACAAUUCACUAUAAGGUUUGCAGAUACCACGAUAUACCAGGGGGAAAAAAAUACUUAUGUUCCAAAUAAAAAUCUGUGAUAUACUGGGACCACGAUAUAGAGGGGGAUUAUUGUAUAUGUGGGUUUCCUCCACUUGCUGUUUUAGCCUGAAAAAUAUAACAAAUACAGCAGCACAAAAUUAGAACAAUAAAAAGAAAAAUAAUUCAAUAUAAUUAAACCCUGACACAGGCAAUAAACUCGCAGCAGACAAUACGAAAACAGGAACUGUGUCAUUAUUUAGUCCCAGUCCUGUAAGGUCUUGUUGUAAUGUGCAUGUAGAAAUGCUCUUACUUUUACUAUUAAACAUUGCAUUGCAUUACAUUACUGUUUUUUUUUCUACUGAAUUUUUACUUUUUUAUGAUGUGGCUUUACCAAGUCUUGUUAAAAAUGUCAAGAUCAUUCAAGAUUUUUUUUUGACCACAUUUCUCCUGCAAAGCUUACAGUUCAGCAUUGUUCUUCCAGGUUUUAAGAAUGCACUGGACAGUUCCAGUGAUUUCAGCGAGCUUUUUAGUUGUUUUCUUUGCUUGGUUCAGGCAAAUAAUUUGCUUUUUCUGUGUAACAUUUUUUUCAUGGUCACAGGAUACAUUUUCUAACAUGGUUGUUAAAGAAAUGAGAAGUUACACGCUGCAUCAGUUAAGGUGAAAUGUUUCCAGCUGAAACAUAAAUCACUACAAUAGUGAUCCAAUCAUAAGCUCUUAAGCUUUUUUUUGGCCUUGCAGUGUACAAUCAUUUGAAUUAGGGGGUCACUACACCAUAUGUGACUUUAUUUACUAUUUGUGUGCUACUGUGCAAUGUGAAGCCCAACCCACAUUAUAAAAUUAUACAUGAAGCUUAUAAUACCUCUAUAAUUUUAUAAUACAGAUUUUUUUUUUUUUUUUUUUUUUUUACAUAAAAUAUACAUUCUGUAACAUUUUAUUUUUUAACUUAUUUUAGUAACUUAAUAUAUUUGGUCUUGCAUGUCCUGUUUUGCACAAUGUUUGAUUUUUUUUUUUAUUGCUGUUUUGCAAUAAUAAAUAGUCAUUUAAGAUGCAUACCUUUUUUAUAAAUGAUAUAAAUUGUUAUAUUAGUGGACUUUUACUGUGAAUACAAUUAAAUUUCCCACUAUUCCUAUAU